UAAAAGUUUUAAAAGAGCAAUUUGUUGUUAUGUCGCAUUUAAACAAGAGUUUGAACGAAUCCUUUUGUAUUAUCGAGUUGUCAUUUUAGCUAAAAUAUGUAAACUAAGCAAAUGAAGUAAGUAUAGCAAAAUAUUAAAGUCUAAAGCUGGCUUCAACUGCAAGUUGUCAAUUAAUAGAAUAUGGCAUCAUCAAACGAACUAACAAAAUGUGUUCUUUUGCAUUGUGACAAGACUCUUGAGAACGAAACAGAACGCUUUGCUACUACGCUACGCUCAAAAUGUGGACACCUUCUCUUAGAGACUUUAGAGUCGUUAAUUCUUAAAGCCAAAGGUAAAGACCAAGAGCAAAAAUUGGAUAAUGUUAUCAACAAAUACGCAGAUAAAGUUAUUAUUGUUUGUUCGCCAAUACUAUUUCAGUUUAUAGACAAAAAGUCAAUUGAGAACAUUACUGAUUUUUUUAAAGCAAAUGAAAAGCUGUGCAGAAAGCAUUUGUUAGAAUUGCUUAAAAAAGAUUCAAAAAAAAGAGGAAAGUUAGUGUUAAUAUCGUUUAACGUUAUCCAAGCGUUUUCUAAAGAGGUGCAACAAACUUCUGUCAUUACAAAAGGCGACGAUGAUUCCUUGUUUAUAAAUAGAGUACUUUCAGAAAUUAUAAAAAUAAAAUAAGUUCAUAGAACUAUAAUAACAAAAUAUUUAAAAAUGAUAAAAAAAUGUUUAUGCACGGUUAAAUAUAUUACAAAAACAAA